AUGCGUGGUACAGAAAUCGCUGCUAGUCUAUCACUGGAGUCAAGCAACGCCACUUCGCGCGCUGAACCGGUGUCACGAGAGUCGAUUGGAUCGCGGGAUCGCCUCCUUCCUUUGUUAUUGGGCCCUGGCGUGAACUUGACACCGCGCCGGAGAGCAUCGCAUCGCAACGCGACACCACGUACAACGAGCCAUGGCCCCGAGCGAUCAACCCGCUCACUGCAUUCAGGCCGACCUCUUCGUACGCCGCAGGACGGCACCUUGCAGUUCUCAGAGGAUGACAUGAUGGAUCCUUUCGAUAGCACCGACGUUGAGGACGAUGCGAGAGAGUCGUCUUUCGCGCCGGGUCUAUCGCAAAGAACAGAAUCUCUUAGUACUAUCAUCGGCUCUUCCUCCGAUUCACCUCUCGCCGAAGGCAUACAGCGCACUCAGACGAUGCCUACUGCUUCAGGUGAUCGUGUCUGCGACCACUGCGAAGGUCGUGGAUAUAUAUCGAGUUCUGCACCCAUUCGCCGAACGACGACAGAGCAGAGCACUGGCAGAGAAGCUCCGAGGUCCUCCAGCUCAGCGGUCCCAAGACGGUCCACCCGCACACCGUCGGCCGGACCUUCGACUUCAUCCCAAGACUCUGGCGCUCCUGUCAGUCAAUCGCGACCCACGCCUAGUCGCAUCGUGCGCUCCCCUCAACGGAAUGAUGCUCGUGUGUACGGCCCCAACGCAGACCCGCGAUCGCCAAUGCGGACCGAUGGCACAUCGGUUCUCCAGAACGGACGGCCAGUGCACUUUACCCGAUACACACCACCUCAGAGCCUUGCCGCGUUCAGCGCGUCUUUGCAGACACCUCCAAGGUCGCAGUAG